AUGAAACCGCUGCGCUUCGCGCCCGCCGCCGCGCCCUUCCGCGCAUCACAGCCCGCCAUGCGCCCGCAGCUGCCCCUGCUGCCUGCCCGCCACCUCACCACCGCCGUCCGCUCCCACCGCACCUCAACGCUGCCCGCCCUGCCCCGCCGCCUGCCCCGCGCCUCGCACGCGCCUUGCCGCCCCAGUGCCUCGCCUGUGUCCCCGCUGUUCCGCCUGCUCCGCGGGCCCGCCGCCCGCCGCUUCAAUGCCAACUCGUCCAAGCCUCCCAGGCCCGAUCCAACCCCAAACCUCGGAAGCCCCGAUGCCGCCCCGUCGUUCUCGCAGCGCAUGCGGAAGCUGUCGCGCGAGUACGGCUGGGUGGCAUUGGGCGUGUACCUAGGCCUGUCGGUGCUGGACUUCCCCUUCUGCUUCCUCGCCGUGCGCAUGCUGGGGACGGACCGCAUUGGCCGAUGGGAGCACGCCGCAGUCACGGCCUUCUGGAACUUUGUCCAUGUGGCUUUCCCCAGCGAAAAGAAGCUGGAAGGUGCCGUGCAGACCGAGGCCGGCCAGGUGCGGGAUGGCGCCGUCAGCGACAUGGACGAGGUCGCUGCAGCGGAGGAGGCCAAUGCGGGUGAGGAGGCCACUAUUUGGACCCAGCUCGCCCUCGCCUAUGCCAUCCACAAGUCCUUCAUAUUCGUGCGGGUACCGCUUACGGCCGCCGUGACGCCUAAGAUCGUCAAGGUCCUGCGCGGCUGGGGAUGGAACAUUGGCAAGAGGAAGCCAAAGGCGUAG